AUGGGACGUAUGCCCUGCUUCCGGCACACGCUGGCCGACCGGUGGAUGACGAUCGGAAUCGUUUUGCUGUGCAUGGUCAUCGGCAGUGUGUGGGCCAAUCCGGACGCCAAACGGCUGUACGAUGAUCUGCUGAGUAAUUACAACCGACUGAUAAGACCUGUCAGCAACAACACCGACACGGUGUUGGUUAAGCUGGGAUUACGAUUGUCACAGCUGAUCGAUCUGAACUUGAAAGAUCAAAUCCUGACAACAAACAUUUGGCUCGAACAUGAAUGGCAAGAUCACAAAUUCAAGUGGGAUCCUGCUGAGUACGGUGGCGUCACCGAACUGUACGUGCCUUCCGAACACAUCUGGCUGCCGGAUAUUGUGCUUUACAACAACGCUGACGGGGAGUACGUGGUGACAACGCUGACGAAAGCCAUCCUUCAUUAUACCGGAAAAGUGAUCUGGACGCCGCCGGCCAUUUUCAAAUCAUCGUGCGAAAUAGACGUACGCUACUUCCCAUUCGACCAGCAGACCUGCUUCAUGAAGUUUGGCUCAUGGACGUACGAUGGUAAUCAGAUUGACCUGAAGCAUAAAAAUCAACUGAACAACAGCGACAACAUGGUGAAGAUUGGAAUCGAUUUACGCGAGUACUAUCCCAGCGUGGAAUGGGACAUUCUUGGCGUGCCAGCAGAGCGCCACGAGAAAUACUAUCCAUGCUGUGCCGAACCGUACCCAGACAUUUUCUUCAACAUCACAUUACGACGCAAGACGCUGUUCUACACGGUGAACCUGAUCAUACCGUGUGUUGGCAUCUCGUACCUGUCCGUGCUGGUGUUCUAUCUGCCGGCGGAUUCGGGCGAAAAAAUUGCAUUAUGCAUCAGCAUCCUUCUGUCGCAAACCAUGUUCUUCCUGCUGAUAUCGGAAAUCAUCCCGUCCACCUCGUUGGCCCUGCCGCUGCUCGGCAAGUACCUGCUGUUCACCAUGAUACUGGUCGGGCUGAGCGUCGUGAUCACCAUCAUUAUCCUCAACAUACACUACCGGAAGCCGAGCACUCACAAGAUGGCACCCUGGGUCCGGAAGUUCUUCAUACUGCGCCUGCCCAAGCUGCUACUGAUGCGGGUCCCGAACGAUUUGCUCAAGGAGCUGGCAGCGAACAAGAUUAACUACGGUAUAAAAAUCAGCAAAAGCAAAUUCGGUGCCGCACUGGCCGCCCACUCGCAGAUGCAACCCAACUCGGGCGGUUCCAGCCCGGACUCGAUACGGCACAUGCAGGGACGGCCAGGUGGAUGCAACGGACUACACUCAACGACAGCCACUAAUCGCUUCAGCGGGCUGGUCGGUGCGUUGGGCGGUGGGCUGAGUGGACUGGGAGGCUACAACGGGCUGCCCUCGGUAAUGUCGGGGCUGGACGAGUCGCUCAGUGACGUUGCGCCGAGAAAGAAGUAUCCGUUCGAGCUGGAGAAAGCCAUCCACAAUGUGAUGUUCAUACAGCAUCACAUGCAGCGGCAGGACGAGUUCAAUGCGGAAGACCAAGACUGGGGCUUUGUGGCGAUGGUUUUGGAUCGUUUGUUUUUAUGGUUAUUCACGAUAGCGUCGUUAUUCGGCACAUUUGCGAUCCUGUGCGAGGCCCCAUCGCUCUACGAUGACACCAAACCGAUUGACAUCGAGUACUCCAUUAUCGCCCAGAAGCUGUUCAAUCUUACCGUCAAGGAUACGCGCUCCUAAGGGUUACGCGCGCGCUCAGCGUUCCCGGCCCUGUGGCUUCUUUCCCCCCUCACGCGGGGUUUAACGGGCGAUUGAUUUUAAUUUUUUUUAAACUUCAAACACACACAAAUAUUUAUACACGUAGCUGCUGCUGCUGCUACUAGCAGCGUUGCGCAAAGAAGGACUAUGUUUUUGGACUGUUUGUUUGCUUACACCAUUUGGCGCUCAUCAUAAAACCAUCAGCAGCAGCCGAAGAAAAAAAACCGAUCCCGGUGGAACAUAACCACCCUGAUGUGCGCCACUGCGCAACUGGACAUCACGCUGCUUGCGGUACCGUUUCGGUCACUUUUGCGAUGUAAUUUAAACGGUCGUUGCAUUUUAGUGUGACCGUUUCUAUCUCACGUCGCGCUCAACGAUUCAGUCUUUGGCUCCGCCUGCAAGCGCGGUUACGCACGAUUAAUGCAUUAGUGGGGGAGCCUUUUCCUUUUUGCGUAGACGAGGCGUGACAACCGACGCGUGUGCGAUAGUA